CCCAGAUAUUAUGUCUCUCGCCGCCUGCACCACCACCGGCGGCGGCGCGGCGGCGACGUGGACGCCCCCGUUCUGCACCGUCGUGGCGGCCGACACCUCCGACUUCUCCUACCUCUCCUGCCCGCGCUGCGACGCUGCGCUACCGGACGGCGCGGCCUCCUGCUUCGCCUGCGGCGGCCACCCGACCCGCGUGUACCGCCUCCACCUCUCCGUCGCCACCCACGACCGCGUCGUCCCCGUUGUGCUCUUCGACCGCGCCGCGCGGUCCCUGAUGGGUUGCUCCGCCGACGAGCUGGUCCGCAUCUUUGCCGCGCACCCGAGCGCGGCCCGCGCGGCCGCGGAGGCGCUGCGGGGGGAGAUGUGCCGCAUGGUGCUGCGCGCGCCCAGGAAGGGCACCGCCGGCGAGCGCAUCCGCGCCGUCUCCGUCGUGCCGCUCCGCGACAGGUUCCGCCCGGUCGUCGAGACACUGAGGGCGAUGUACCCGCGCGGCUGAUCCUUCGCACUGCCGUGGUGCCACCAUGGCGUUAGGGUUUAGAGGGUGAGGCUAAAAGGAUGAGAGAAUCGUGUCUUUGAAGCAAGUGAGCAGGCAAAUAGAAAAAUUGGUAUAGUUAUGUGUGAUCAAGUUGACCAUACACAUCGCUUUUGUCAAUCCAAAGCAAUAGAAAUUGAAGAGAUAUCCAACCAUGCAGAAAGGUUCUGCAUGAACUGAUGAACAAUGCACCCUUCAGGCCACAUGUUUGUCCUCGUCUAUUUGCAAUUGUGAACUGUGAAGUCUAGAAAGUUGGUAACCUGAGAGGAAAACUUUACUGACAGAUUCUCUCUUGAAACUGAAACGUAGGAGUUUAGUUUGGAAUCUUCAUGAUUCUUCUUUCCAGGAACGAAUCAUGUGCUUUAUUUUCAUCUAUUCUUUUCAACAACAUGCAGAAGAGCUGUGUAUUUUCUGUGCUUUAUUUUUAUCUGGCUAUCUUGCAUAGCUACAGUUUCUUCAUCAGCGUCGGCAAGCAAAGCCAAAUUAAUGGGGGUGUUCUGCUGUAUAUGCCAUGGAGGGCCCCAAGUAUGAAAGAUUGAAAGAUGCGUAUACCAUAUAGCUUAUGUACUCUCAUUGUUGCACAGUUAUGAUAGACUUGAAGCAAGGGUCCACAGAAAUUUCAUAAGGUUUGGUAGUUCAAAAGCAUAUCUUGUUUCGCUUAGAAUGUUGCAGACGCAGCACUGGCCACAUGGACGCAUCUGCAGGAAGUUAGAUUCUCUAGAUCUGACACAUCAUACCGAUGCAGUACACAAGAAAUGCUGUUUAGCACAUUCCAAAAGGCUUGCUUCACCAGUUACAUCCGCACAAGAGAUGCAAUUUGACAAUAGAUAGUACUAAACCUGUAAAACCAACCUACCAAAAAUCAGCAUUUUUUUAUCAAUUAAUGUCUUUCUUAAGCGAUGCAGAUUGCAGAAUCAAGUAUGAUUUGUCCAGUUGAUCCAGUUCCAAAGACCUAGCUGAGCACCAGUUGUAUCUGACUAUCUGUGUGUUUAGGCCAUGCCAUGUAGCUGAAGCUGAUAAAUCACCUUCAGAGUUCAGAAGACAAAUUUCUGUGCACUCGCACUGUCUGAACCUGGGCGCUUGUGAUGGAGCUCUGAAUCUAAUGAUUGGCCCCCCUGUGCUGCCUGUGACGAUGAGGACGAUGCCAAUGAGCAGCCAUGCAGAUGCAUGCUUCUUCAACAGUGCAGCUUCAAGAGUGUGUUCCUGUCAAGCUCGGCCCUUUUCAGCACAAUCUAGCUCAUUUAUCAAGUAUCAGACUCAGUACAAGUGAUAGCACUUGCAAUUGCAAAUAUUUCAUUGGAGCAAGUCCUAUCUCUGAAAGUUUUCUGUGCUAGUGGUGAACUUACUGAUUAGUCAAAUGAUCCAAGAUGCGAACUACCAGAAAAGGAAGAUCAUCGUUCAAGUCUAGGCAACUGUUCUUCUCUGCAGUUAGUCAACGAACCGCGUGUCGGUUGUGUGAUAGCGAAGAGCAAUCAUAUAUUAAUUUAGACGGUUCAAAUAGUACUGAAC